CCCUGAGAGGCCGUUUAAAUCCCCGGUGUCGGUUGGUGCGUGAGGCGCCGCGCCAUGGGCAGCGCUGAGGACAGAGACUGGGUUGCUGUAGCCAAUGAUCUUUUAAGGAGCUGUCACAUAAACCAGCACAUAAAGCAUCUCUCUGAGUGUGGUGCUGAUGUGUUUGUUCAUCUUUAUGAGUCAAUCUUAGGAGAAAAAGUACCAGAUCUCAUAGCUAAACCUAGAAGCCAGGAGGAUGAUGCACACAAUGUACAAGCAGUCAUAGAUUCCCUGGCAUUGGACUAUUUGCAGAUCAGCUUGUCACACAUCACUGGUGAGAACAUUGUGAAAGGAGAAAGGCAAUCUAUCAGAAACCUCCUUGAAGUAUUUGAUGGUUUGUUAGAGUAUCUUACAGAAGAAGCCAGUGAAUCUUCUCAGAAUGGAGGUGAGGCAAAUGUGCCAUCCAGUAAUGAAACUCAACUUGCUUCUGAAGAGCAGCUGGAAAGCAGAGCAGGUGAACUUAAACAACCUUCCAGAUUCUCAUCAGCUGAAGGGUCCCAGUCAGAAUUUUGUGAUCCAUCUUCUGAUGUAGAUGGAUCAGAAUCUACCAGUGAAUUAAUCAGACUUGGAGAGACUGCUCAUUCUUUUUCCAUGAGAGAGGAUGCACCACUUCUAGAAUUCCAGUUGCCUGAAUUCUUAGCAGCAGAAAAGGACAAGGGAAUGGAAGAAUCUGAGAACUCAGAGGCUAUUGGAACAUUACCUGGACAGUUCUCUAAAACUAAAAGAGCUGUUAUCAAGGAAAAGGCAGCUGGAUCAAUCAGGUCUGUUCAUGAUACUGGACCUCAAAGAGAGAGUUGGAGUGCCAGUGCUGUAAGACUUGGGGAGCCUAUACAGCAAGCUAUUCCUUUGCUACCACCAUUCCAGCCUUCAGAAGCCAGACCUCAUUAUCCUGGAUGGAGAGAUUAUCAGAGCCCAGCCAGCCAGUCAGCAACUUUGGCUGACAAUGGAGUGAAAAUUCCUCUUGAACAGUUACUUACAGAAGAAUCUGAAGAUGUUUCUGAUAGCCAUCCUCUAGCAAGGAAAAUCCCUGGGCAAGACAAGGAGCUAGCAAGUGAUGCUGAGGACAGUGUGGCACAGGUUCCUCCAACUCACACAUCUGCUUCUUUACAUGAAAAAACAUCCCUACAUGCUGAACAAGUAACACAAACUCCAAGACCUGAACUUAGAUAUGUGCCAAGACAGAAAAGCAGAUAUGAGCUUUCUCUCCCAGAUUCACUUGAAGAGUCUUUUCCUCACAGAACAACAAAGGAAAAGCUGUUGGAGCAAGAGCUCCAUGAAGUGUCUGACAAACUCUGCCGUAGGUUAAAAGAACUUGAUCUAAUGUUAAAGAGAGCUCUGGGUGAGCAUCCCAGAGAAGAAGAGUGGACAGAUGAAGACAGUCUGACUCAGCACAGUGACAGUGGCAUGGAAUACUGCAGAAGGAAAGCUGAGCAAGAAACACCACACAUGAGGUACCCAAGAAGGCCACGAUCCCUUUCUCCAUCCUCACCCUUAUCUCAGCAUCAAUUCCUUUCUGAAUUAGAAGACAAACCUUGCUGUAAAGGCCAAACGUGGGGAUUACGCAGCCAGCUGCAAAGAGAGAGAGAUGAAAGAGCAAAGAGAACAAAGAUAGUUGCUAAAACUUAUGAAGAUGAACUAAGAAUUUAUGAAUCUAAGGAGAAGCUUGACUUGUCUGAGCUUGGACAGCUGAUAAAGGACAUGGAACAAGAAGAAUACAAAGAAAACAUCUUUAAAGAACCUCCACGAAUGCCUCAGCCAGUGAAAGAUUAUUCUAGAAAAACCACACCUCAGAAUCCCAAAUACAGCCAGUGGAUUCCAAAACGAGGAACUGUGAAGCCAAAGAAAGCUGCUCCAAUAAAAUUAAGAGAUGAUGACCUCCUACUUCAGCUACUGGAAGAGUUUCCCCACCUGCAUAUUUCUGACCAUACUAUGAAAAAAAUGUGUCAGCAGCAGCUUGCACAUACUGAACAACUUAAGGCAGCUUCUGGAAAAACUAGACCAAAACCCCAAAAUGAAGUUGAACAAGCCCUGAAGAAGUGUGAGCUUCUUGUUGCAAUUAUUAAAAAAGAUCAAGACCAUAACAAGAGACUGCAAGAAUUCAAGCAGCACAUCCACCGACAGAAAUGGGCUCAGAAUAAAGUGAGAGAAAAACGGCAGCAAGUCGCUCGAGCCAGGAAGUAUUACGAGGAUUAUCGGGUUCAGCUGCGUGCCAAGAUGAUGAGGGCAAGGACAAGGGAAGAAAGGAUAUUUAAACACCUGUUUGAAGAAGGCUUAGAAAUUCAGAAGCAAAGACUGAAGAACCUAAGAGAAUAUGCUCAAGAGAAGCGUGCUGAGCAAAGGAGAGAGCAUCAAAAUGUGUUGGAGUCUAUGGAGAAAUAUUACAAAGAUCAGUUUUCCAUGCUAGCAGAAGCUUUGUACCAAGAACGCCAAGAAAUCCAAGCCAGAAAGAAGGCACAAGCACAAAUGCUACAGAAGACAAAAAGAGAAUUGAGAUCAAAGAUGGAGAAGGAAAUACAGGAACUGCAAGCAGCAAUCAUACAAAGUGAUGAUGACACCUUUUUUCGAGAACUUGAAGCAGACAGACUGAAAUCCAGACUUCAGAUGGCUUCCUUUCAGUAUAGCAAAGGCCACUUCUUGUAAGACUUACAGUAAAUAUCUGCAGCUCUCUGGCUAAGAU